AUGCCCGUCCUCACCGAAGUGACAUCCGAUACCCAAUUCUCCUCGCUCAUCCAAUAUGCCAACCCCACCACGCUCCUCAUCCUCUAUUUCCACACCCCCUGGGCGGCGCCCUGCGCACAGAUGAAGACCAUCUUAUCCACAUUGGCCUCCACAUACCCGUCCGAAUCCCCCUUGACCUUCCUAUCCAUCAACGCCGAAGACCUACCGGACAUCAGCGAGUCGUACGACGUGACCGCGGUCCCCUUCCUGGUCCUACAGCGCGACGGCAAGACUCUUGAGACCGUGAGCGGCAGUGACGCCACCAAGGUGCGCGCUGCGGUGGAGAGGCACGCCGGCCCGGCUACGGGCGCAGGCGUCGGGGCUGUCGGUGGUGCCAAAGCGGCGAUCCCGCCGGCGCUGGCUGCGGAUCCUAGCGUCGCGCCGCAGAAGGCGGUCGGUGAGGCGCAGGCUAAUGGGGUGGCGGGCGCGAGUGGAGGCGUCACGAAGGACCUUAGUGGGUAUGCGCCCAAGGAGGGUCAGGCCCCGGCCGAUGCAGGCGCGGGGAGUAAGGAGGAGUUGAACACGAGGUUGGAGAAUCUGGUGAAGGCGGCGCCGGUCAUGUUGUUCAUGAAGGGCACGCCCUCCGCCCCGCAGUGCGGGUUCAGCAGGCAGCUGGUCGGCUUGUUGCGCGAAAACCAGGUGAAAUAUGGCUUUUUCAACAUUCUAGCCGACGACGACGUUCGUCAGGGUCUCAAGGAGUUUUCGGACUGGCCCACUUUCCCACAAUUGUACACUAAUGGCGAAUUGGUCGGUGGUCUGGACAUCGUCAAGGAGGAAUUGGAGACGGAUCCAGAUUUCUUCAAGGAGUUUGCUGCCGCGAAGGCCCCGGCUACGGCUGCGGCGUAA